AUGUGGGUGAGGCCACUCAUGCUGUGUUCUGUCCUUCAUCCCGAAGCUGUGACGGAGGAGGAGCUGUCCCGUGCACUGAGUGAGGGAGAGGAGAUCACCGCAGCCCCGGAGAGAGAGGGCACAGGCCACGGCGGCCCCAAGCCAUGCUUCACACUGAGCUCCCUCAGCUCCGCUGCUGAGACCGGCCAGGACCCGCUGGACAGCGAGGAGGAGGCAAUCAGCACCCAGGGUGAACUUGGCCUGAAGCCCCCUUCCCGGGACCAGUUUCCUUCCUUCUCACCCAGAGAUGCUUUGAGCAGCCACAGGAGCAGGAACGUCCUGACCGCCAUCCUGCUGCUGCUGCGGGAGCUGGACGCAGAGGGGCUGGAGGCCGUGCAGCUGACUGUGGGCAGCCGGCUGCAGGCCCUGCGUCGGGAGGAGGUGCAGGAGCACGCCGAAUGACCACAGGACCUGAGCGCCGCUCCACUGUCCACGGGGACCCCAGUGUCUUCCCCAGCCCCCAGGAGCUGAAGGGUGGCUGCCACAGCCCUGGCCCCACACAAAAGCCUCCCCGGUUUGCCACGUCGGCCGAGGGCAGGAGUGGGUGUUGUGCUGGCUAGCUGGAGCGGUGGAGAUGCCUGUCCACACCAGAAUGUCCCCAGGACUCCCCUUCUGUGGUCUGGAGGUUCUGGGCUGGCCUGGGCUCUUGAAGGGAGGAUUUUGCAGGUUGUCCUCCCUAAUAAAAGAUUUUCCCACGGUUGAUCUGGAGGUGACAUUUCCCAAUGGUCGUGACAGCCUUUCUGAAAGCAAGGGCCGUUUCUCGGCAGAAUGAGGAGGUGUUCACGAAUGGCUUUGCCGAUUCCAGCCCUUGGUCCUUGGAUAGAUUUCUGUUGAGCAAGGGAGGCUUCCAGAAUGCCGGCGUCCACAGGGACAUCUGCCCUGAGCUGCUCUCCGCAGGAAGGCAGCAGCCUCCCGCGUCCACGGGAGAGGGUUUUGUUUCUUGGCCAGGCUGGGCAGGUGCGCCUUCCUUUCUCUCUUCUGUGAAGAACUGCAGGGGGGCCCUCAGCUGUGAGGCUGUGGGUGAACAGGCCUGUUUGCUCUGGGGUCUGGGCCUGGCACAGGAAGCAGCUGGACUAGGGGAGUCCUUGGAGCAUCUGAGAGGAGUUUUCUUUCCUCUGGGAAGAGUUCCGAGUCUUAUGACGAUGCCACGAUCUGGGCAGUGACCCGCGGCCCUGGGGACCUUCCUAGUACCCCCCAAAACCAAGGGAGCAUUCACGUGAGAUGGGGAGUCAGCCUUCCAGCUGGUGUGUAGGAAAGCCAGGUCCCUGGGCUCUUGUCCUGUGUGGGGUUGGGACCCAGAUCUCCGUGAGAUGUCCCCAUCCUCCGCCAAGCGGUGAUGCGUGACCACGCGUGCAGGCCACUGCUCUCCCAAGCUCAAGGCCAUGCAGUGUGAUCGUCACCAGAGCCAGCUGCAGCAUUGGGGCAGUCACUGUCACUGGACUUGGGGAAGCCCAGGGUGAAGACAGUCACUCAUCCGUGCAAGCUCUUCACAAGGGGUGCGAUCCCUCCAGAAGGGGUGCGAUCUCUGAGCAGUGGGGAGUGGAGUCACCACUUGGGACAUGGAGGGUGGACAGUUCAGGCCUGUGUCUGCCUUCCUGGGACUGUGGGAUGGGCACCCGGCGCCCUCAGUAAAGUGCUUCCUUGGAA